AUGGUGUUCUCAUGUACACCAAUUGAAUUAUUAUCUUUCCUCUUGGAGAAACUAGCCUUUUCAGGUAAUAAUGGUAUAACAAUGAACGAAUUGUGGGGCCUUUGUGAUGAAAAGUUGAAUAGCAAGAUUGAUAAUUUUGAAAAACAGAUUAUUUGGAACUGGUUGUUUUUCGAUAAAUACUCUAAUAGUUUAUUUAUUUGGAACAAUAGUCAGAAGGUUUCUCCAACUGAGAAUUAUGAGGAAUUCUUAUUGAAACAGGUUAACGACGAGAACUUGAUCAGAGUAUUUGCUACUUCCGAUACUCAAUGGGAUUAUUUGGUUGGUAAGGACGUGACUGAGCAGAUGAAGUCUCAACUAGGUAAACAUCCUUACGAGUUGCUAUGUGCUGUUGCACAAGCAGGACCAUCGGGGGUCAUUUCAGCGAAUUUGCAUAAAUUAACUGGCCAAGAUCCAAGAUCCUUGACUCCAAGAUUGAAAAAAUUGGAGGAGUUCAAUUUGAUCAUCAGAAAAGCGACUUACAGCAAAUCAUUGGGGAAUACUUCCAUAUGUAUUCACAAGAAGUUUGCCAACGAAAGUUCUGAAGUUUCGACCGUUGACUUCGAGGAAUUCAAAAUUACCAGGGAUGCCAAUAAAUUGAGACCCUUAAUAUUGAAAAAAGUUAAAGAAGCACCCAAUCAAUUGAGGUCUUUGAUGGAUUUGAGAUUAGAAUUUGGUCUCGGAGAGAACAAAUCGACCUCAAGAUUUUUCAGGUCAAUAGUAGGCAUUCUUUGCUCCCAGGGGUACCUCAGGAAGGUGAUGGCAAAGCAAGAAAGUGGUCAAAAUGCUUACUGCGUACAAUUCAUCAAAGAUGUUUCUGACGAAGAGAAUUCCAAAUCUGCCAAUUUCUUGGAUUUAUUAUUAGGUGACGACGUGGGUCAAGAAGAAGAGGAAGAAUUCCUUCCUCUGUAUUCCAAUAUUUUUCCUAUCACCAACCAAAUAUAUCAGUUGAUAAAUUCUCAACCUAAAGGAUGUAGUUCGAUGGACAUAGCCAAAAAAUUGACAGGAUUAUCUGAACACAGGUCAUUUGUUCGACUUAUGGAUCCAAUUACAUCGAUAGUGAUUGAAAAUAACAAGGAAAAAAAAUUGAAAAAAUCAGAGAUCUAUGAUGGUGUGAGAUUGAAAAGGAGUUUUGAUUUCGAAGGUAAGUUUAAAUUUUAUAGGUAUUUUGGACAAGGAGACCAAGAUAUCUCUGAGGUUUUCAAAUUUGUCAAGCAAAAUCUGGGUAAAUUGUCGAAAGUGAAUACUGAGAAACAAAGCUCAAUCGGCAAAUUGAUGAACGGGUCCUUGAUGAGCAAAAAGAGGAAGGUUGAUGAACCAGAUAAAACUACCAAGAAAGCCAAAGUCAGAAAAACCAGAGCCAAAGUACAGGUUAGUGAGGAUGACAGUGCGAUGAUCCCAGUUGAUGAGGAGACACCAGAAAGGGAGCCGACGAAGAUUGAAAUAAAAAGCGAGCCUGUUGGAUUUCAACCACCACUUAACUUCAAUGCAAAUGAGAAAACAAAAGUGGUCAAGGACUCUUCCAAACCGGCUUCUUUGAAAGCAGUGAAAAGAAGAGAAGUACUAUUAGAAUUGAUCAAGGAGAGUGGAGGUGUGGUAUUCACAUCCGCAACGUUGAGAAGGACGAUAGAUAGGAGGUUGAACAACGGAUACGAUAUGGAUAACAAGACUUUGAGUAGAGAUAUUGCUUCGAUGGUCAAUGACAAGAUUCUCGAAUGUGAGAAUAUUGACACAGUUAAGAGCGGCAAACCCAUAACCAGGAAAUUGCUUAUCCUCACAAAUCCUAGACCUUCAGAAGAGAAAAUAGAACAAAUAAGAUUGGAAGGAGAAAUUGAUACUGGCUUGAACAGUAGAAUUUUGGUUGAUUACAAUAAGGUUCCGCAUACUGAAGACAACGUUACGAUUUUCAAUCCUAAACCAGAAAGGAAAAGAUUGGACAACCUUUCCAAGCCUGCAAAAUCCAACAGUAGAACCAUUAAAGCCAAAAUACGUAUCAAAUCUGAACCAGGUACAGAAGGUUUGGAGACCAGUGCCAAACCAAGGAGUCGAACGAAAGAGAAGGCCGAUUUUGAAACUAUUGUCAAUUCUACUUUGAUGGCAAAGCAAAAGAAAAGAACGAAGAAAACCGAGGCAAAGGGUCCAAAAACUAGAAAGUCUCGUACUUUGAAACUAUCAGAGCAUGACACAUCCAUGAUGUACAACAUUUUCAUCAUUUCUCGGACAUUCAAGAGAAGCAUUGACUAUGAGCAUCUCUCCACCUAUUUUGAAGGCUUGAGUGCUAAGGACUUACAACAAAAAUGGUCGUCUUUGAGGAAAAACCGUGGGGGUAGUGAUGCUGUGAUGAAAGGAGUUCGAAGAUUCGAGAAAAUAGUUUCGAAAGCUGUUGAUCUUAAUAAAAUUAAAGCUGAACAUUUGAAUCCAAUUGAUUAUAAGUAUUUUCUUGAGUUAUGGGAUUCAAUGGAUUCAGCCACUUCAAAAUCCCUGAAGAGACUUUAUCUCAACGCGAAGGACAACUACGACGAUUACUUAGUCACUGAAUCUAAUGAGGUUAUGCCGCCUGUAUCUGAACAGAUCAUGUUCACAUCUAUGAUCCAAAAAGAAGAAGUUUUAGCAAAUACGCCUUUCCUCAUGAAUAGAAAAGAUGUCAUAUACGAUGAAAAAGUUGACAAAAUAAAGACAACCUUGAAUUCCCUUCUACAUGAAGGAAGUUUCUCGAAAGGGCUUCUCGAAAAGUUGUUCGGUGAUGGCGAAGCUGAAAUUAUACGAGAUAUCGUUGAGAUAAUGGUGAAAGAUAGGGAUGCUGCUUUGAUCGAUCAAAACUUCAGACUUACGGAGAAGUUCAGUAGCUCAUUGUGUCCUAGCAGAUUAAUAACUCAAUUCCAUCAAGGGAAUAAUUUUGUUGAGAGUAUUGACACCUUAUUCGAAAAGCCCAUCGGUAUAAUUGUAUCUCAAGGGAUCAACGAUAGUCACAUGAUGCCCUUGUUGAGCUUGAUAUCCAACAACGGAGUAUCGCCAAUCCACGUGGAUAAGACAUACAAGUUCUCCAGCUAUGAAUCGAGGUUGAUUGAUAAGUCAAAUUUGGAUUGUGACAUAGUUAUACAUGGAAAACCUUCUCAAAAACAACCUAAACAUGUGCCUGUGCCAACGGGAAAAAUUGCCUCUCAUGUGUGGUACAAAUCUGACGCAUCUGUUGACACCGAUCUUUGGUCAACCAUCAUAGUUUCUGUUGUCUGGCAUAUUUUGUUCCGUCCAGGUGUUAGGAAGUUUGAUUUGUAUCAUAAAUUCAAGUCGGUUUUAUCUCAUUAUGAUCUUGAUUCCGUACUUCAAUGGCUAGUACAAUCUGAGUUUUUGAGAUCUGGCCGUCAUGACGACUAUUGGAUUACGAACCAACCGUGGUAUUCUAUUGUUGGAUGA